GAAGUAAAAGAGGGAGCAGUGGGGGACAGUGUCGGCUUCAACCAAACACAGAUCAAGUUUCGAUCUAUUUCUGCGUGUUUUUUUCUUCCCCUUUCUUUCCUGAACCCUAGCCAGCCUACUCAUCCAUCUGCGUCAAUUUCAACUUGGAGCUUUUCUUAUUCAUCCUUGGGUUUGGAAUUCCAAUUCUGAUUCUGAUUUCGUCUUUGGUGGGCUGCAAUUGCUGGAUCCACCUUCUCCACUGCACUACACAUGUGUGCUUAACUCUUCACUUUAGCUGCAAGUUCAAUCCUGCAUUCUAUUUCUAUGGCUUCAAAUCACGUAUCAGCUGCUGCAGGAACAACCAAUGAUGCUUUAUAUAAGGAACUGUGGCAUGCUUGUGCUGGACCCCUUGUCACUCUCCCUCGUGAAGGGGAGAGAGUUUAUUACUUCCCACAAGGUCAUAUGGAACAGCUUGAGGCAUCUAUGAAUCAGGGAUUAGAGCAUCAAAUGCCUUCCUUUAAUCUGCCUUGUAAAAUAUUAUGUAAAGUGGUCAAUAUUCAUCUUCGGGCUGAGCCUGAAACAGACGAAGUAUAUGCUCAGAUAACUUUGCUUCCUGAAACAGAUCAAAGUGAGGUGGCAAGCCCAGACGAGCCUCUGCCUGAACCUACAAGGUGUACAGUCCAUUCAUUUUGCAAGACACUUACUGCUUCUGACACUAGCACUCACGGAGGUUUCUCUGUUCUUCGAAGACACGCGGAUGAUUGUCUGCCACCACUGGAUAUGACCCAGCAGCCACCAUGGCAAGAAUUGGUUGCAACUGAUUUGCAUGGGAAUGAAUGGCAUUUUCGGCAUAUUUUUCGAGGGCAACCCAGGCGCCACUUACUGACCACUGGGUGGAGUGUCUUUGUCAGUUCAAAAAAAUUAGUGGCUGGUGAUGCAUUUAUAUUCUUAAGGGGUGAAAAUGGAGAGCUCCGAGUUGGAGUCAGGAGGCUCAUGAGACAGCAAAGCAACAUGCCAUCUUCUGUUAUUUCCAGUCACAGUAUGCAUCUUGGUGUUUUGGCCACAGCAUCUCAUGCCAUUGCCACUGGCACAUUGUUUUCUGUAUUUUACAAGCCCAGAACAAGCCGGUCAGAGUUUAUUGUGAGCGUCAAUAAGUAUCUUGAAGCUCGAAAUCAUAAACUUUCUGUUGGGAUGAGAUUCAAAAUGAGAUUCGAGGGUGAAGAAGUUCCUGAAAGAAGGUUCAGUGGUACAAUUGUGGGUGUUGAAUAUAAUAAUUCAUCUGUCUGGGCUGAUUCCGAGUGGCGAUCAUUAAAGGUACAAUGGGAUGAACCAUCAUCAAUUUUGCGUCCUGAUAGAGUUUCUCCAUGGGAAUUGGAGCCACUUGUGUCUACCCCUCCUGCGAACUCCCAGCCAACCCCAAGAAACAAGAGAUCACGGCCUCCCGUUCUACCUUCGACAAUUCCAGAUUCUUCUCAAGGCGUAUGGAAAUCACCAGUUGAUUCUCCACCUUUCUCUUAUCGUGACCCUCAACAUGGACGAGACCUCUAUGCAUCACCCAAAUUCAAUUCUACUGCAACUAGCUUUUUUUGUUUUGGUGGGAAUAACUCUGCUUCCAACAAGUCAACAUAUUGGUCUACUAGGAUGGAAAACUCAACAGAAACUUUUUCACCUAUAGCUCUUAAAGAAUCUGGAGAAAAGAGACAAGGCACUGGAAAUGGCUGUAGGCUCUUUGGGAUUCAGCUACUUGAGAAUUCUAAUGCAGAAGAAAGUUUGCCAACAGUCACUUUGUCAGGAAGGUUGGGUGAUGACCAGUCCAUUCCAUCUUUGGAUGCUGGGUCUGACCAGCAUUCUGAACCAUCAAAUGUUAAUCGAUCUGAUAUCCCUUCAGUAAGUUGUGACGCUGAAAAAUCAUGCCUGCGGUCUCCCCAGGAGUCACAAAGCAGGCAAAUACGAAGCUGCACCAAGGUUCACAUGCAAGGUAUGGCUGUUGGAAGGGCUGUGGACUUAACACAGUUUGAUGGAUAUGAGGACCUGCUUAGGAAAUUGGAAGAGAUGUUUGACAUCAAGGGUGAGCUCUGUGGUUCAGCAAAAAAAUGGCAGGUUGUCUACACCGACAAUGAAGAUGAUAUGAUGAUGGUUGGAGAUGAUCCGUGGCUUGAAUUUUGUAGCGUUGUGAGGAAAAUUUUCAUCUACACAGCAGAGGAGGUGAAGAAGCUUUCACCUAAAAUAGGACUUCCCAUGAAUGAUGAAGGUAAACCAAGCAAACUGGAUUCAGAAGCCGUAGUCAAUCCUGAGGACCAGUCGUCUGUUGUGGGGCCUAGUUGCUAAUACUCCCAGGUCUUCCAACAUUCUAGUUGAUAUAUACAAUAAAUAUUGAAUGCAUGAAAGUAGGAAGUAGAACGUCAAAACAUGAACCAGGCAAGCACUUCAUCAUGGUAUAUAGGCAUGUCACUUUUUAUUUUGUAUCUAUGCUGGAGCACCACGAAAGCACUUUCACCUAAAAAGUGCUGCUGAUCUACCUUGAAAGAUAGAUAGGCUUCUGCUAUUGUGGCUUCUCUAUAGCGCCUUUCUUUCGGUUGGGGUCCGGUCCCGGGGCUUAGACCGCGUCGGGUUCUAUUUUUCUCGAAGGCAGUCAACGUGUCAGCCAUUCCUCCCCCCUUUCUUCUCCAGCACUGUUCUCGCUAAGAGUCUCAAGGCCCCUGCUUGUUCAGUUUUGAAUGGGCUGCGAUCAUGUAGGAAAUAUCUUUGGUCAAGUGUGUUAAAAUGUUUUUUUUUUGUUCUUAUAUAAUUCACUUGAUGUGAUGUAUCUCAUUUCUGUAUAUAAGUUUCUAUAAUCUUUGAACACUGUUUAAUGUAUGUAUAUCAAGUCAAUGUUUUUUCAUCAGCA